AUGUCAUCAUGGCAGCAAUCUGAUAAGCCCGAUCGACCCGAAAGGUCUGAGAUCAGCAGCGAAUUGCAGCUGUCGGCGGAGGUGUCUAUUGCAUUCGCCUGCGCUGCCAAGCUGAGCGCAAUGGAGGUGUUGGAGCGUGCACCGCCAGCCCAGAAGGGGAAUUGGGAGGUAGAGUGUAAUGCGUGGCUUGAGCGCGUUGCAAAAAUACUCAAAAUAGACUACGAGAGUCUCCCUCCCGAGCCCACUCACCAGGCCAUAAAGUGGCUGGCCUCAGAGAUACCACCGCACACACACAAAUCUGUAGUUCCGUCUUUCGUAAUGGCCAGUCUGUCUCGGCAGAAGAACGACCUACCCGAAUACACAGCUCUGAGCAGGGCGUGUAUGCGUAGUAUGCUCACCGUGCUCAGUAUCGAUCUACAGCUACUCAGAAUGGCUGAAUGCCAAACAGCGACGACGAUCUGGAUGACAGUAAAGGAUAACCUCAACUCUGAUUCUGAGAAAGCACGCUCUCAACGUGCCGAUAAACAGAAGUGGAUCAGAUGGGCAGCUACAGGCACGGGAGUGGUCGUUGGUGGCGUUGUACUGGGAUUAACUGGUGGUCUGGCAGCUCCUGCACUAGCACCGCUUUUCGCUGCUCUCCCUGCUCUUGGCUUCUUCGCUACAGGUGGAGGUGCUAUUGCGAUUGGCGUCAUGUUCGGUCUCACUGGCGGAGGAUUGGGUGGGUACAGAGUCGCUAGGCGGACCGCAGGUAUUUCUGAGUUCAAAUUCGUACCUUUGAAGAACGAGGUUUUGUUCGACGGCGCGCUUGGCAAGGGAAGCUUGCCGACACGCAAGGUGGAUCCGGAAUAUAGACCGCCUUAUGAAAUUCGCAGCAAGUCGUCUUCAUCGAACUCUUUAAGUACGCUAGGUACGCCAACUGACAAGUAUAAACCACCAGUGCCUCCAAAACCUCCAACUAUAAAGGCUAAGUCUCAAGCAGAGGAGAGGAAGAUAGCUAGCGAUAUUCCAGCGAAGAGGCCAGUAAAGGCACCAGCAAAACAACCAGACACCUCAUUUUCAUUCAAAAAAAUGGGCAACUCGUUUGAGCAGUUUGGGAGCAAAACUAUGUUUGGAAUGCGCAAGUUUGGAGACACAAUCAGCGACGGUGUGGCUAAUAUAGGUAUCAACAACAAGACAGAGGAGGAAAAAGAGGCUGAAAGGGCGACAGAGAACGCAGAGGUAGCACCUGCAAUGACAGCCACAGUCUGCGCCACCGGUCUGCUGCUCAACGCACCACAAGAGAGUGUGAAUGUGUGGAGGGAGUCAUUCGGUGACAUUGCGAACGCGGAAGACGAUCAGAGAGAUGUGUAUGCACUGACGACGGACGCUAGCUACUUUGUCGACGCAGGCAAGCAGAUCAAUGGGUGGGUAAUUGAGAAGAUAAUUAAUAUGGCCGGAUCACAAAUCCUGGGCGUAACAGCACUGGGUGCAUUCAUGGCGGCUACGGCUGUCCCGCUGGGUUUAAUAAGCGCUACUGGAAUGGUGAUUGAUAAUGCAUGGCAAGGUGCAGUAGACAGGGCUAAGAAGGCUGGCGAUAUUCUUUCAGAUGUUAUUAGAGAUAGGGUGCACGGAAAGAGACCGCUCGCUCUAAUAGGUCAUUCUCUAGGCGCACUCAUGCUCGUGAGAGCGCUGCUGAACCUGCCAGCACCUGACACACCAAUUAUAUCCACACUCACGCUCAUCGCUCUCCCAGCCAGCCUGAGCGAGCAGGAGUGGCUACAUUUGCGCGCUUUUGUGGCUGACGAAAUCACAAACGCGUAUGUACCGAAUGAUAUAGUACUCGCUAUGGUGUGUAGGCUGCACGAGGUGUUGACAAUCAGGAAUCCGAGGACUUCAGUCAGGGUUGCUGGGCUUGGACCUGUCAAUGAUGAGCAAGUUGAGAAAACCAAGGCAGAUAAUGAAGAGAAUAAAUCGCCAGAUGGAACGAAAGCUGUUAUUGAGCAAGUUGCUGUUUCUGGGCGUAAAUCUCACAUCCGAGAUGUCGAUUUGAGCGGAGUUCUGGAGGGACAUUUUGAUAUUCUCGAGCCAAGCAAGAUGAAACAAGUGCUUGAGGUUAUCGAUAUAGAGUAG